AGGGCGCAGAUAAGUAUAAUUUACAAUCACAUAAUUGACUCAUGUGGCACUUGUGCGCGACGUGAUCAUAAUUAUACGUAGCAGCGGAAAGCAGGCUACUGCGAAGAUCGUUUUCCAGUCCAGUGCAAGAUGCUGAUCUAUCUGCUGCUAAUCGCUGUGACAGCUGCGGUUUGGAAUGUCCGACGAAAGUAUUCAUUUUGGGCGGAUCGUGAUGUACCGUACGUGCAACCCCGAUUCCCAUUCGGCAACAUUCAAGGCAUCGGAAGACGGAUGCAUUCAUCCCAACUGAUGACAAAGUUCUACCACGAGAUGAAAUCUUCCGGGAGGACAUUCGGUGGUAUUUACUUCUUUACCAAUCCGGUCGCUUUGGCACUCGAGCUGGACUUUGUGAAGAACGUGCUGGUGCGUGAUUUCGCCCACUUCCACGACCGUGGCGUGUACUACAACGAGAAGGAUGAUCCCAUAUCGGGCCAUUUGUUCAACAUCGAGGGUUCCAAGUGGACCAAUCUGCGAAAGAAGUUGAUCCCAACUUUUUCUUCCGGCAAGAUGAAAAUGAUGUGUCCAACGAUCGUGUCCGUUGGUGGACGGUUCCGGGAGUGUUUGGAGCGAUGCAUCGCGAUUGAAGGCGUGGUAGAGAUGAAGGAACUGCUGGCCCGGUUUACCACGGACGUGAUCGGGACGUGCGCGUUCGGCAUCGACUGCAACAGUCUGAACGAUCCGAAUGCCGAAUUCUUACGGAUGGGUCGCAAAGUGUUCGAAGUGCCCCGGGGUCGCAUACUGAAGUUCUUCUUCAUGGCCACCUUCAAGGACUUUUCGCGGCGCAUCCACAUCAAGGGCACUAGCGAGGACGUGUCGCAGUUCUUCUUCAAGGUGGUACGGGAAACGAUCGAGUAUCGCGAGCAGCACAACGUCCAGCGGAACGACUUUAUGAAUCUGUUGAUGCAGUUGAAGAACAGUGGCCAGUUGGAUGAUAGCGGCGAGACGGUCGGGACGCUCAACCUGAACGAGAUCGUUGCACAGGCGUUCGUGUUUUUCCUCGGCGGCUUUGAGACGUCCUCGACGACGAUGUCCUACUGCCUGUACGAGCUUGCCUUGAACGAGCAUUUACAGCAGCGGGCACGACAGUGUGUGCUGGAUGCUGUUAAAAAGCACGGAGGUCUUUCAUACGAUGCACUCAUGGAUAUGCCCUACAUCGAUCAGUGUAUUAACGAAUCGCUUCGAAAAUACCCCCCGGGGGCAAAUCUCAUACGGCAGGUCAGUCAAGAUUAUCGUGUACCGGGCACGGGUGUUACCUUUCCGAAGGGUAUGAACGUGAUGAUUCCGGUGUACGCCAUCCAUCACGAUCCGGAACACUAUCCCGACCCGGAACGGUACGAUCCGGACCGAUUUGCGCCGGAAGCAAGCGAAACAAGGAAACCGUACAGCUUCAUCCCGUUCGGGGAAGGUCCAAGGAUUUGCAUAGCAGCUCGAUUUGGAAUGCUGGAAGCACGGGUUGGGCUAUCGGUGCUGUUGAUGCACUUUAGCUUUUCCAGAUGUGCUAAGACAAGUGUGCCGUUGGUCAUUUCUUCCCGACAUGCUGUACUGACGCCGGAAGGUGGACUGUGGCUGAAGGUGGAAAAGCUGCAAGCUUAGAGGAAUAAGCGAUUGUUAUUCUGGCCGUUAAGAGUCGCGCCAGAAAUUUGGUAAGUGAUAUGCAGUCGAAUGUAUA